AUGGAAGCCAUAAUGGAUGCCCAAGGGUUAUGGGAAUCCAUCACGACGGCAACAGAUGUGGUUGUAGGCGAGAAGAAAAGCAAAUUGGCUUGUGCGUUCAUCUUCCAAGCAAUACCAGAAGAUAUUCCGAUGCAGGUGGCUAAAAAGAAAACAGCUCGUGAAGUGUGGGAGUCACUUAAAACUCGGUUCGUUGGAGCAGAACGGGUUCAGAAGGCCAGGUUACACACGUUAAAGAGUGAGUUUGAGGCGCUCCGGAUGAAGGACAUAAUAGAGAAAUACAUUCAUCUUAUUGCUUCCAUGGAGAAAUAUUCAGAUGUAGAAGAAAUGCCUUUUGAGGAAGAAAUAUGUCAAUUGAAAGCCUACGAAGACAGGGUGAAGCUUCGACAAGGAGGAUCGACGGGCGAAAAUUCAUUGUUGCCCACAAAGACGGAGGGUCAAACAAUGAGUAAACAGAAGAACAAGGCACCUAGUGGUCGGGGUAGAGGCUGGAACGGUGAUGGAGGCAGUAAAGGGAACACGCGAGGGGGUCGUGGGGUAGGUCGAGGUCUGGGUGAUCAACAUGAUAGGAAAUCGUCUCAAGAAGGCGGAAGAUCUAAUCGAAAUCCACGUGACAAAAUUCACAUAAGGUGCUUUGAGUGUCAACAAUACGGGUACUAUGCAUCGGAAUGCCUGAAGAGGGAGAAACAAGAACAAGAACUGAAUUUGACGAAGGGAAUGGAGGAUGAACCAACUCUCAUGUUGUGUGUUGAAGGGGAGGACAUACCAUCAAUGGUAAUGUUGAAUGACGAAAAAGUGUUCCCUAAACUACAUGAAAGUCAAAACAAUAGCAAUCGUGACGUGUGGUACUUCGACAACAGGGCAAGUAAUCACAUGACCGGGGAAAGAAAUUUCUUUGCAGAAUUAAACUAA